UGACGCUGCUCUGUGUUUCUCACGUCCGUAGAGGCUUUGAUGUUAAGUUAUAAAUAUGUUAUAUCCUUAUGAAAUCCACGUAAAAUGCUUACGAUGUAUAAUACAUGCAUGUGUACCGAAUUUAAUGGUUAAAAGUAUUGGAUUCUAAUAAUGUACCGAAAAAUAUAACUAGAAUCAACAUUUGUCACUUGAAAUUGUAGUGUUCUACUAAAUUAGGCGUGGUAAAAAUAAAUUAGUGCUUCUGCUAAGAACUAAUUUGUACUAUUUGUUAAAUAGUGACGGUAAUCGUAUGUGAUAUUUUUGUAUUACACCAGGAAAGGUAAACAACAAUGUGGUAUCAAUCAUUAUCUGGAUUUAUGACCAUUACAGUGCUUUUCAGUAACACAGGUUUGCUUAUUGUAAAGGGCGGUAUGGCGAGUUCGGCUAAUGGAAUGAAUGCACUUCCAGAAAGCGAAACUCUUCCUCCUGUAGGGUCCGCCAACUUCCAAAGUCGUUUCGAACCUUAUUUCGACACGAUGACGCCACGCAACGUCACUGCUCUUGUUGGAAAAUCAGCCUAUUUAGGCUGCAGAGUACGCAACUUGGGAAACAAGACUGUGUCCUGGAUACGGCACCGGGAUAUACAUAUUCUGACGGUUGGAAGCUACACUUACACUAGCGAUCAGCGUUUCCAAGCCACUCAUCAUUCCGAAACAGAUGAAUGGAUACUUCAAAUAAAGUGGGCUCAAAAGAGAGACGCAGGAAUAUACGAGUGCCAAAUUAGCACCCAACCUGUGCGCAGUUAUUUCGUCAGCCUUACCGUUGUCGACGCGAUAGCGGCAGAUGAACCUUCUAGAGACGAGGGCAACGAUAAAUGUAACUGUAUUUGUCCUCCGACGAAAAACCAACACCCUAAUGCAGUACCCACAGCACAAAUUCUUGGAGGUCCCGAUCUCCACGUAGACAAGGGAAGUACAAUUAAUCUAACUUGCUCUAUAAGAUACAGUCCAGAGCCGCCGGCUUACAUCUUUUGGUAUCAUCACGAUGACGUCAUAAGCUACGAUUCGAAUCGCGGUGGUGUAAGCGUCAUAACCGAAAAAGGUGACGUGACGACCAGCUUUCUUUUAAUUCAGCACGCUGAUAUAUCUGAUUCCGGAAAAUAUUCCUGUAGUCCUUCCAAUGCAGAUGUCGCAAGUGUCAGAGUGCAUGUGUUAAAUGGCGAAAGACCCGCAGCUAUGCAAACUGGAUCAGCUGCCUUGUCUAACAGCUCACUAAAUAUUUUAGGUUUAAUCACCAUGUCAUAUAUUUAUACCAUGUGUUAUUUUAGUAACCUAUACCUGAGGGUUUGGUCGAACAGGUAGCUAUUCGAAUAACCGUCUUCUACGAGUUAUAGACAUGCAUAGAUAUUUUCUAUAGAAGUAUAACUUGUUUUUUUUUUUAAUAUACCGUUAUAGAUUAUAUCGAUCUGUAAAUAAAUAUUAUACAGGCUGACGCUAGAUGUAUGUAUACUGAUUUUCAACAUUGGUUAUAACUGAAAGAACACAUAGGUUUUUGCUUCAUGAGAAAUUUAAUCGCGUACAGCUGCGUCACCCUGUAUAUACCGUGUCCCAGAAAAACUAAAUGAAACAAAUGAAAAAAAAAUACUUUACAAAAAAAUACGUGCGGAGAACAGACUCGCUUAAUGUAAAACUUUUCCAGUCUGUACAGGAUUUCGAAAACUUCCACUCAAAAAAAUAUGAAAAUAUUCCGCACUCGGUGGGUAUUAAUAACCCACAGCUGAAAAGGAAUGCAAAAUCCCGGACAGCCGUGAUGCCACGUUUUCAUAUUUUUUUUUAAUUGAAGCAAAUUCAAUUAUUAUAAUAUGAAGAGACAGUUUAUCGCAAAACUUAUGUAUGUAUGUAUACAAUGUACCUUAAAUUACUCCCUCUCCCGUAAUAAUAAGGUUGUAGUAGUUUGAAAAAUGUACCGCCAAAUGGAGAAAUUUGCAGAAUUAAAUUACAACGCCUACUAUGACAAGACGUGUGACAAAAACUGUAAAAAAAUAGGCAAUUCAGCAUAAAAUUUACAUAAGUUAAUUCAGGCUAUUAACAGAAGCACUGAGAUAAUUAAAUAAAUAAAUAAAUGAUGACUUUUUACUAUAUUUACCCUGUAUAUGUGAGAUAUUUGUACAUAGAAACUGAGUUUUAAAGAUAGAAGUUGUGUAUAUUAUAAAUAAAAUAAUUUUUAAUGUAUUAUCUGAAUAUUCAUAGGAUAAUAACUUUUUGACUUUAUUCGGAAAAUAUAACACGAUUAUUACACUAAAAUUUAAAAACAUUACGAUUUCUUUCGACUCUGUAAAUCAAACUGUAGAUUUAAAUAAUGUUCCACUAUAAACUAUUAUUUGUAUAGUAGAGAUAUAUUUGAAUUGUUGAAAUUUUUGUAAAUUACAGAGCUGGUUAUGUACCCUCAUUUAGGAUGUUACGUGGUUUAUUGAUCAUAUAAUAAUUUUAUUCUCAUCUCAUCGAUGGCAACAAAUCAAUCAUUAAAGAUAUUAUAUAACACAAAUAUAUUUCCUACAAAUGUAAAAUUAUCU